AAAUCUAGACCCUGAGAAUCUUGUGCUAGCACUUCCGGGUUCAAGCAGAAACCGGAAGCGUUGAUUUUUUUCUGGCUACCAAAACAGAAAAAUGGCUGGAUCUGCGCUGAAACGGUUGAUGGCAGAAUACAAACAGCUGACCCUGAACCCACCAGAGGGGAUUGUAGCAGGACCAGUUAACGAGGAAAACUUCUUUGAAUGGGAAGCCCUCAUCUUAGGCCCAGAGGGGACGUGUUUUGAAGGAGGCGUGUUCCAGGCCAGGAUGACCUUCCCCUCAGACUACCCCCUCAGUCCUCCCAAGAUGAAGUUCACCAGUGAGAUGUUCCAUCCAAACAUUUACCCAGACGGCAGAGUGUGUAUCUCCAUCCUCCACGCGCCCGGGGAUGACCCCAUGGGUUACGAGAGCAGCAGUGAACGCUGGAGUCCUGUACAGAGUGUGGAGAAAAUCCUCCUGUCUGUCGUCAGCAUGCUAGCAGAACCCAAUGAUGAGAGUGGAGCAAAUGUUGACGCCUCCAAGAUGUGGCGGGAGGAUCGAGAACAGUUCAACCAAAUCGCUCACAGACUUGUCAGAAAAUCCAUUGGAUUAUGAUGCUUCUCAUUAUUCAAAAUCAUCUUUAUUUAUAUAUAUAUCAUUUCAGAAUAAACAUUUAACAACUUUCAAGAUCAGUGUGAAGAAAGUUUUAGAAAAUGGUGUAAUCUUUUGAUGUCAGGGUUUUGUUUUCUUCUCUUUUCUGGCUCAGAAAAUUGUCUAUACUUUUGGAACAGUGUGAUAUACCCAUGCUACCAUGCCAAAGUCUAGGAAUUAGAACUCAUGACACACUUAUCUAAACAACUUAGACCAGGGAUCUGAUUUAAAUUGGAUUGAUAAGAAUUCAGAUGAUGUGAAACCUUGGUCUGACAGUAACAGAAGGCCACACCUUUAUUUACUCAUUUAUUCAUAUUGUUUUUUCUCAUUUAAGAAAAAUGAAAUUACAGUAAUGUCUUAUACGUCUGUAAGGUCCUGUAUUCAAACAUGUAGCAUUUUCUUCUGUUAAAAAAAAUAUAGUGCGACUGAAUUUAGCACAAUUUUAGUCGACAACCUGUACUUUUAUUUCUUUGCCAUUGCUCGUUUCUUGUCUUGCUUUUCUUUAUUUUUGACUUGUGUGCUAAACAAGAAUUUUCUUAGUUACUGAAAGUUUUGUGACCUAAUGUCAAUACCACCAGAUUUGGACUGUGAUUUUGAUCCAGUAACUAAUAUGAAGAAUAUCAAAAUUCAUAAGAAAAUUGUAACCUUUUCAUCUUUGUUUAUCAUUCCUAAUACAGGGUUUGUGGUUGACAGUAACAUAAUUUGUUUGACAUACUUAUUAAUAUACAUGAUACCACAAUGUUUUUGACAUGUCUUUCUAAAAUGUACUAUCAGAUCUCAUUGGAUAGAUUUUGCCAAAUACAUUUGUACCUAACAUUGUAUUGUUAUUGUAAAAAGAAAUAAAGAUACAGAGAGCAGGAAAAACAGUGUGAUUGAAUCCCAGU